UGCAGGCGUACAAUCCUGAGCAGCUUACGACACUCAGUGAACACUAGGUGCCUCUGCAUGCUCUAGCAACACACUGCUCAGCUGAAGGGAAGGGAUUCUUGCUGUCUCUCUCUGCUCUAAGCAUCACCUAACAAGCAAAGCGAACAAAGAAUGGGAAAUAAAGCUACCCUUAGCCGGUCAGUGAAUGAAUGGUAAUCUCUCUCUGGAAUAAAGGUUGUGGCGGUCAAUGGUCGUUGCAAAUGAUGGACAUUAAACAGAUUGACAAAUCCUGUGGAGUCGUUAGUAAAGAGUUUGGAGUUUUUUUCACGCCACAGUGUUAACUGCAGAGGAAAGGACAGAGGGAGAAGGAGAAGAUCAAGCUCAUGUACAUAGUUCUGAAACUUGCAGGUCCUAGAAGUCAGCUAAAAAGCUAGCUGGACAAGCCUUUCGCUCUUUGAGCAGAAGCGAAGUGAGACAUUGUGAGCUUGCCAGCCUUGCACAAAAUUGAAAGGGACUGAAUUUGUAGCACAGAGGGGUCUUUUUUAGCUCUGCAUAUAAUUAGUCCAAACACAAAAGAAGCAACUGAAUGGAGGUUGUCACUCUCUGGAAAAGGGUGGGUAAGACACUUUUUAAUUAAAUUCUUUCAUGAAGAAAGAUUUUUUUUUUUUCUUUGCUGCAGCAUUUAACAUGAACAAAAUCACUAUCAUUUUACCUUUGAAUGUUUGUGAACUUUAAUGCUGCACAGCUCCUGCAUGCUGUAAAGUGAAAUAUUUGCCUCUGUGUUUGUUCUGUUUGCUGUUUUGCUUUGGUUUUCUGGCUUUGUUUUGUUGUUUUUUUGUUGGUUUUUUUUUUUCCCUUAAAUAAAAUAUGAUGUAGAAUUUGGAAAGAUUCAAUGGACAUUCUCAAGCAUAUUUGGAAAUAUUCUUGCUAAUGGAUUUCCUUCUUAUUGGGCUCUGUUUAAACUGGCUGCUGAGGAAGCCCCCGGGGUUGAUAUUGUGUACGCUGGGUAUCUUUUCUAAAAUGCUUCCAGCCGUGAAUAGUGGGUGUCCACAGCUAUGUCGGUGCGAGGGCAGGCUUUUGUACUGUGAAUCACUGAAUCUUACAGAGAUGCCUCGCAACCUGUCGGGCAUGAUGGGCUUGUCUCUGCGGUACAACAGCCUUUCAGAGCUGCAUGAUGGACAGUUCACAGGGUUAAUGCAGCUCACGUGGCUCUAUCUGGAUCACAAUCACAUUUGCUCAGUGGAGGGGAAUGCCUUUCAAAAAUUGCGGCGAGUUAAAGAGCUCACCCUGAGUUCCAACAAAAUAACCCAACUGCCCAACACCACUUUCCGACCCAUGCCAAACUUGCGCAGUGUGGAUUUAUCAUACAACAACCUACAGUCUUUGGAGCCUGACCUGUUUCACGGGCUGAGAAAACUAACAACUUUGCACAUGCGGUCGAACGCCAUCAAGUUCGUGCCAGUGAGAAUUUUUCAGGACUGUCGCAGCCUGAAGUUUCUAGACAUAGGAUACAAUCAGUUAAAGAGCCUGGCUCGAAACUCUUUUGCAGGCUUGUUCAAACUCACUGAGCUGCACCUCGAGCACAAUGACUUGGUGAAGGUGAAUUUAGCCCAUUUUCCCAGGCUCAUCUCCCUGCACUCCCUCUGCUUGCGAAGGAAUAAAGUUACCAUCGUAGUAAACACUUUGGACUGGAUAUGGCAACUUGAAAAAAUGGACCUCUCCGGCAACGAAAUCGAAUACAUCGAACCUCACGUUUUCGAGAGUGUACCUCACCUCAAAUCCCUGCAGCUGGACUCCAACCGGCUGACCUACAUCGACUCCCGAGUCCUCGACUCCUGGAAGUCCCUCACGAGCAUCAGCCUCUCCGCCAACGCCUGGGAUUGCAGCCGUAACGUUUGCGCCCUGGCCUCCUGGCUGAGCAACUUCAAGGGUCGCUACGACAGCAACCUGCUCUGUGCCACCCCUGAGUACGCCCAGGGCGAGGAUGUUUUGGACGCGGUGUACGCUUUUCACUUGUGUGAAGACGCGGCGGACCCAACGAGCGUUAACACCCCCUCCCCGGUAACAAACAACAGCGACCAAACGCUCAGCUAUGGCUCUGCCACCGCCACGUACGACGUGGAGGACGGCGAAGGUGACCCAACGACAUACGCCAUAACCGUGACCAUGCCCGGCGAGAACUCGGAGAACGCCGUUCAGAUUCACAAGGUGGUGACGGGGACCAUGGCGCUGAUUUUUUCUUUCCUCAUCGUGGUUUUAGUGUUGUACGUCUCCUGGAAGUGCUUUCCAGCCAGCUUAAGGCAACUAAGACAGUGCUUUGUAACACAGCGCAGAAAGCAGAAGCAGAAACAGACCAUGCAUCAAAUGGCUGCCAUGUCAGCCCAGGAGUAUUAUGUUGAUUACAAACCCAACCACAUUGAGGGAGCCCUGGUCAUCAUUAAUGAGUAUGGAUCUUGUUCCUGUCACCAGCAGCCAGCGAGGGAAUGCGAGGUGUGAUUUUCCUUGGGGAUUUAAACAGUGUGCAACCAAAUAACAGCGUGCAGGCAGACAGUGGCACGGGGUGGGGGGGGGUUGCUGUGCUUUGCUGGUGAUUUCUGACGCGCUCCUCUGCCGAAAUUGUUAAGAGGGGCUGUCCAAAAGACUUGAUAUUUUAGCUUUAUGGUGUCUUAAAAACCUUCAGGACAGUCAAAUCUUAAGAUUUCAUAUGCUAAUACUCCCUUUGAAGAUCUGUCAAUAUUCAGGAAUCUGAGAGUGUAAAAAGGUACCAAUUAUUGAUCUUUUGUAAACUAAGAAAACUGUUUAAAAUAAAAAAAAAUAGCAUUUACAGUU